CGAUGGCUGGUCGGCUCUGCACUCAUGGAUCGCUAUCGCCAUCCUAUCUUCCGAUCCUCUGGCAACCAGUUUUAUGCCUUCGCAUCAGCCGCAUCUCGAGCGCGGUGAUGGUGCUAGCGCUGACGAUGGCUAUGAUGAUGAUGAUGGGAGUCAUCCCGACGCGGGUGGUCGCUGUAGCCGGAGCAGAUGGGAUGUUCACAGCUCGGAGAGGGAUGGAGUCCGUUGCGGGAACGAAGGGCGCACAUGAUGACAUUGACGAUAUGCGAGGAGACAGGAUGCUUCAAGUGACGCGCUCGUCUGAUCUGCUCAUCACGAACAUGACUCUUCUUCAAGAUUCCCGCGUGGUUCUGACCGUUACAAAUGUCCUCGGUCCUUCGUCGGGAACGAUUGAAGGAAGUCGCUAUCUGUGCAAGGGCGAUUUGCGCGGCAUUGCCAGCUCUGGGGCAGCACAAGGCAACUCCUCUGUGCUGACUCGAUACUGGUCGUCGGCAAAUCUUAACGGCUCUGCGGAUAGUGCCGACGAGAGGCUAACAGUGGGCGUGAAGGCUGAUUACUGGGGUUUCGAUCUGUCGCGGAACGAGCGGUAUGUCGUUGUGCCCGUUCGUUGGGGUCUGGGAUUCGUAAACACGAUGGAUGGUUCUAGAACCACUUAUUUAACGAACGAUAUCAACUAUACUGUCGGAGCCUUCAAUCCUAGACGUACGAUCUUGUACGUGGCAAGGGAUAGCUGCCUUUGGUACUCCACCAUGGACGGCGAGUCGCCGGGUACCUUUGCGCUCGAACCAGUAGCAUGCCCUACUCGGCCUUUUGAAGCCGAUCCUCCAUGGCUCACCUUCAGUCAUCGCAGCUUUCUCCAAGAUGGGAGCUACCUCUACUCUCUGGACUCACUUAACACUAGAAUUCUACGUUUCGACCCAAUUACCAGGACCACGGAGUUUGUGACCGGAACAAGAAUCCAGGACUACGUGGCUGACAGCCAAAACCCUGGGAGGGCAUUUAACUUGGGAGAGCCUGCGCUGGCGCAAGAUGGAUGCAACUUGUUCUUCGUCGCAGAUGGGGCGGCGAAUAUUCGUUGGGUGGCUUUCGAUAAACCGGGAGGGAAGAUGGUUAUGGAUGAGACGGUGGCGAGAUGCAUCGUCCUGGGAGGAUGCACGAUCGGCACGGUUGCUUUAGAUAACGAUGACAGCCAUUUGUACGUGUCCAUCCAGACGGGCCAGUUGUUUGAAAUAUUCGAAUCAACAAGCUAGGACUGCGCAGAUGUGUCGGUGCAUUUCCAACGA